AGUAAAAAUUGUCAAAAUCAAUUGACAUUGACGUUCAAUAACCUGCAAACAUUGGAUGGUCUAUAAUUUUCUUAAAGUGUUCAAAAAUGGCUGAAAAAUAUGGAAUAUCUGAAUCUGAGUAUCAAAUCAUAUUAAAACAAGCCGCUAGGCGUGCUGAAAUGAGAAAAGAAUUUCUAAAACAAAGAACUAACCCUUGGAAAAACGCUGCUGAAGCUGGAUAUGUUUUCGAUGAUGCUCACCAGAGAUUCGUGUCUAUGAAAGUUACUCAGGUCGAGUUCUUUCAACCAAAUAGGAGGACAGCUUUAUUCGGUAUUUGCAGUAUCAUAAUUCCCAUGUUUACAUACGGAUAUUUAAUUUAUAAUGAACGUAACGGCCGCGAACAAAAGAUUAGAUCAGGAGAACUUCGCUACAAGGAUAGAUUGUUCAAGCUGUGUUAGAUGUUUUAAAAACAUUCAAUGUUUAGAAAUAUAGCUUAUGGUCAUUAAA